CAGCCGGCCGGCGCGCUCAGAUGAGGUGCGCGAUGUGGGCUGUAGGUGUCUGGCGCUUGGCGCUCGCCCGGACUCCCUGCGGCCGCCGCGCGCAGUCGGCGCUGGCCCAGCUGCGCGGCAUCCUCGAAGGGGAGCUGGAAGGGAUCCGCGGGGCAGGCACCUGGAAGAGUGAACGGGUCAUUACGUCCCGUCAGGGGCCGUGCAUCUACGUGGACGGCGUCUCCGGAGGAAUCCUUAACUUCUGUGCCAACAACUACCUGGGCCUGAGCAGCCACCCCGAGGUGAUCCAGGCAGGCCUGCAGGCUCUGCAGGAGUUUGGAGCCGGCCUCAGCUCUGUCCGCUUUAUCUGUGGGACUCAGAGCAUCCAUAAGAGUUUGGAAGCCAAGAUUGCCCGCUUCCACCAGCGGGAGGAUGCCAUCCUCUACCCCAGCUGUUUUGAUGCCAAUGCCGGCCUUUUUGAGGCUCUGCUGACUCCUGAGGAUGCGGUCCUGUCAGAUGAACUGAACCAUGCCUCCAUCAUUGACGGCAUCCGGCUUUGCAAGGCCCACAAGUAUCGUUACCGCCACCUGGACAUGGCCGACCUAGAAGCCAAGCUGCAGGAGGCCCAGAAGCAUCGACUGCGCCUGGUGGCCACUGACGGGGCCUUUUCCAUGGAUGGCGACAUCGCACCCCUGCAGGAGAUCUGCCGCCUCGCCUCUCAAUAUGGUGCCCUGGUCUUUGUGGACGAAUGCCACGCCACUGGCUUCCUGGGGCCCACAGGACGGGGCACAGAUGAGCUGCUGGGCGUGAUGGAGCAGGUCACCAUCAUCAAUUCCACUCUGGGAAAGGCACUGGGCGGAGCAUCAGGGGGCUACACAACAGGGCCCGCACUGCUGGUAUCCCUGCUGCGGCAGCGCGCCCGGCCCUACCUCUUCUCCAACAGCCUGCCUCCCGCCGUCGUAGGCUGUGCCUCCAAGGCCCUGGACCUGCUCAUGGGGAGCAGCACCAUCGUCCAGUCUAUGGCCGCCAAGACCCAUCGGUUCCGUACUAAGAUGGAGGCCGCUGGCUUCACCAUCUCAGGAGCCAAUCACCCUAUCUGCCCUGUGAUGCUGGGUGAUGCCCGCUUGGCCUCUCUCAUGGCAGAUGACCUGCUAAAGAGAGGCAUCUUUGUCAUCGGAUUCAGCUACCCAGUGGUCCCCAAGGGCAAGGCCCGAAUCCGGGUGCAGAUCUCAGUGGUGCACAGCGAAGAAGACAUUGACCGCUGCGUAGAGGCCUUUGUAGAAGUGGGGGAGCUGCAUGGAGCACUGCCCUGAGCUCUGGUGGGGACAGAAGAGUCAAGGAGCCCCCACUGCCCUGGGCCGGGAGGUGAGAGGGGGCUCUAAUCAGGCCAAGAGGCUCUGACCUGACUCAAAGUCCUAGGGCCAGGGCUGGGGAUUUAGCUCAGUGGUUCUGCCUACCUUGCAAGCACAAGGUCCCAAGUUUGAUCCCGGUACCCCCCCACACCCAAAAAAACGUCCUAGGGCCGGGCUUGCAAGAGCCCUGUGCUUGUGGCUAUGAGUGAAAAAACAGCGUAAAGACUG